CUGACGUAUAAACCUAAUAUCUGCCAUUUAAAUCUAAUAUCUCAUGGUUAAAUAUGGACAUAAAGGCUGAAUAGUCCUAAAAACAGUACCAGAGGUCUGAAACUGGACUGAAAAUACUGACAUUUACACAGAAAACUAAAAAUAUGAAGAGUCCCUUUAGUGGUUGUCACCUCUGCCCCCCCCCCGCCCCAGACUCAGAUAAAUCCUCUUAGAGCAGAUCCAUCCACCUGCUGAUACAGCUCAUCAGAACACCUGAGCUGCACCAUCAGCAGGUGGAUCACAUGACCUGUGGUAACCUAGUAACCAACCAACCAACCUGACUGGACACCUAAGUAUCAGAAAGAAUAAGACCUACAAUUAACAAAUAACUGAACCAAGCAGCUACUCUUUUAUGGUGUUUAGGGGGUGUGGUCACAUGCUAAUCGGCCACACUCAUCCCAUUCAGACUCACCUUUCAUCACACCUGAGUCUGAGCAGAUGUGGAGGAGAUUCCUGUCAUUUAAUGUCGGGGAUCAUAAGUUCAGCGCUCACCGCAUCGUGUUGGCCGCCUCCAUCCCAUACUUCCACGCCAUGUUCACCAACGACAUGGUGGAGUGUAAACAGGAUGAGAUCCUGAUGCAGGGCAUGGACCCCAGUGCUCUGGAGGCUCUCAUAAACUUUGCGUACAGCGGUCACGUUGCCAUCGAUCAGCAGAACGUUCAGUCUCUUCUGAUUGGCUCCAGUUUCCUACAGCUGCAGAACGUUAAGGACGCUUGCUGCUCAUUCCUGCAGGAGAGGUUACAUCCAAAGAACUGCCUGGGUGUGCGUCAGUUUGCAGAGACCAUGAUGUGUACGACACUGUACGACUCGGCCAACAGCUUCCUCCAUCAGCACUUUGUAGAGGUGUCCUUAUCUGAUGAGUUCUUGAGUCUGAGGACGGAGGAGGUUCUGGAGUUGGUGGGCUGCGAUGAACUCAACAUCAAGGCAGAGGAACAGGUGUUCGAGGCGGUCCUGUCCUGGGUUUAUCAUGAUCGUGGUCGCCGUGAGACUUUGCUACCAGAGCUGCUGUCAAAAAUUCGACUGCCGCUGUGUCGACCUCAGUUCCUGUCAGACCGAGUUCAACAGGAUGAACUCAUACGCUGCUGCCACAAAUGCAGAGACCUGGUGGACGAAGCCAAAGACUUCCACCUGAUGCCUGAGCGCCGGCCUCACCUGCCCGCCUUCAAAACCCGACAGCGCUGCUGCACCUCUAUCACAGGACUCAUCUACGCCGUGGGCGGACUCAACAGCUCAGGCGACUCAUUAAACGUAGUUGAGGUGUUUGAUCCGAUUGGGAACUUCUGGGAGCGCUGUCAGCCUAUGAGGACGGCCCGCAGCAGAGUGGGCGUGGCUGUCAUUAAUGGGCUGCUUUACGCCAUUGGAGGCUACGAUGGCCAAUCACGACUCAGCACAGUGGAGGUGUACAACCCCGAGACAGACAGCUGGACACGAGUAUCGAGCAUGAACACACAGCGCAGCGCCAUGGGAACUGUUGUGAUUGAUGGGCACAUCUUCGUGUGUGGUGGAUACGAUGGAAAGUCUUCUCUGAACUCAGUAGAGUGUUACUCACCUGAGACCGACAGGUGGACAGUUGUCACGGAGAUGAGUGCCAGUCGUAGUGCUGCCGGGGUAACUGUUUUUGAUGGGCGCAUCUUUGUCUCGGGCGGCCAUGAUGGUUUACAGAUCUUCAACACGGUGGAGUAUUACAACCACCACACCAACCGCUGGCACCCAGCGGCGGCCAUGUUGAACAAGCGCUGUCGUCAUGGCGCCGCAGCGCUGGGCAGUCACAUGUACGUGGCGGGUGGGUACGACGGCUCCGGUUUCCUGAGCGGAGCCGAAGUGUUCAGCUCAGCCUCGGGACAGUGGAGCCACCUGGUGGCCAUGAACACGCGCCGCAGCCGGGUGUCGCUGGUGGCCACGUCUGGCCGGUUGUACGCAGUGGGCGGCUAUGACGGACAGUCCAACCUGAGCUCUGUGGAGACGUGGAACCCAGACACGGAGCGGUGGAGCUUCAUGGCCCCAAUGGGGAGCCACGAGGGCGGGGUGGGCGUUGGCUGCAUCCCCCUGCAGCCUGCCUAGACUGACCAAUCACAGCCCUAGAGUUCAGACGCACACUGAAGAGGGGUAGAGCCAGGAGGCUGUCCCCCUACAGACGUUCAGCCAACGGUACGGUACGAGGGCUGGACCCACACAGAUGCCACACUGUGGGAUUGUGGGUAAUAACUGUGGAGCUAGCCACAGGUGGCUACUGCUGUUAGGGAACAUGUGGAUGAUAAUUGAUAAAUAUUGAUCAAAGUCAUGACACGAUUAGUGCCAGAAACCAGAUAUGCCUACAUAUAUGACAAUGCUACGUCCUGUCAUUACUUUGUACCAAAAACAUCUUGUAAACUGAAUGAAAUGAACAUUAGCUGUGGUUUUACUUGUGAUGAAACAGAUGAUUCUAAGUAUGUCAUAAAUGUUUUCUCUACUGUAUUUAAAUAUAUGGUGCUAAUGACAUUCAAUUCAUCUUAUUCAUUAAUUAAAUAAACUUAGGCCCCAUGUACAAGCUAAUGUUAGUGACUGUUAGUUAAACCACCCGACAGUAGUGACUGUUACCUGAACUACCUAAUGUUAGUGACUGUUAGCUAAACUAGCUAAUGUUACUGACUGUUAGUUAAACCAGCCGACAGUAGUGACUGUUACCUGAACUACCUAAUGUUAGUGACUGUUAGCUAAACUAGCUAAUGUUACUGACUCUUAGCUGAACUAGCUAAUGUUACGGACUGUUAGCUGAACUAGCUAAUGUUACUGACUCUUAGCUGAACUAGCUAAUGUUACUGACUCUUAGCUGAACUAGCUAAUGUUACUGACUGUUAGCUGAACUAGCCAACAUUAGUGACUCUUAGCUGAACUACCUAAUGUUACUGACUGUUAGCCAAACUACCAAAUGUUACUGACUGUUAGCUGAAUUUGCUGACCUUAGUGACUGUUAGCUGACCUAGCUGAUGUUAGUGACUGUUAGCUGACGUAGCUGACAUUAGUGGCUGUUAGCUGAACUAACGACCUUAGUGACUGUUAGCUAAACUACUUAAUGUUAGUGACUGUUAGCUGAACUAGUCGACGUUAGUGACUGUUUGCUCAACUAGCCAACGUUAGGUUAGUCAGUGUUAGCUGAAUUGAGUAUUAAUAAAGCCUACAUUUGAUAAAAGUUGAAUCUUUUUUCUCCGAACAGCUAAACCCAAAGAUAACACAUGUACUGCUGGUUUAAAAUCUCACAAACUGCUGUAAAUGAUUGAAAUCAUGGUGACAGGACGUCGUAUGUUCACACGUGUAGGACAGAUCAGGAUUCUGGUACUGAUUAGGUCGAUACAGGGACAGUUACUGAUAAAUAUUGAUCAAUAUUGAUUUUAUACUUGAUUUAAAAGACCAACAGGAUGGGACUUCCUCCAAAACAAAUGAAGCUGCUUACUUGAAACGGGACGACUGCUCGGAUCGACUCCUGAAACUAAAACGGGCCCAGAGAGUCCAGAACCGAACCACCAACGGGACCUGUCAAUCACUGAGCGAUAGUCUACAGUCUACAUCCACACGGAAAACAACUGACUCAUAAAUUAUUCAACCUCAACUGGCCAUAAUCAACAUGUUUACUAACCCCGCCCCUAAUGUCGCAUGGGCGGAGCUACAGGUAAGGAAGAAACCAGUGUUUGUUAGAUACUGCUGUUUGGAUCCUUUGAGGUUAAACGUCAGGGUUCAGAGUCUCAGCUACGUCUCAUGGACUUCGUUCGCAGGUGGACAUGAUUGGUUGUCAUGGAAACUGCUUUGCUUUUUGUUAUGUGAUGUGUUCCUGCUGAAAGUUGUCAGAAAUCAUUCACUUCUCAGUCCAUUGCCCUGUCGAUCAAAUAAUGUGUACAAGAUUAAUGAUGAAAAUCCAACGUUACCAUGACAAUAGUCCACAAACAGCCAUGAAUGGAGAUCAGACGGUUACCGUGGGAACACUACAAAGAACGCUUUAAUGAACCAACAAAUACGCUUUUAUCUACAGGGUUCCCGCAAGGUCUAAAAAAGUCUUAAAAGUCUUGAGUUUAACCUGUAGGAACCUGUAUCUACAGAUCACAAUAGAUGACGAUGAUAAACUUUGUCAAACGUAAGUUGGAAUAAUAAUGACAAAAAGGCCAAGAGACAUUACACAUUUAAACAGAAUGUUCCACAAUAUAAAUAUAAUACAACCGUAACCCUAGAGUAACAAGUUACACCAAAAAAAGAAUGGAAGCGUUACCGGUAAAACCACCGGUAGAGUCAUGAAAUGGAAGCGUUACCGGUAAAACCACUGGUAGAGUCACGGAAUGGAAGCGUUAAUGGUAAAACCACUGUUAGAGUUGUCUGGUUCUACGGUUAUUUAUCCUUGAUAGAUGUUCAGGAUUCGACACUGGUUCAAUCGGUUGUUGAUCGGUUGUCGAUCGGUUGUUGAUCAGUUGUUUCCAGACCAGGCCUGUCUUGUAGUGGUGCAUUAUGGGAAACCUGUCCAGUCUAACAUGAGCUGAGGUUCCAGUAGCUGAUGUUAAUCAAUGAUAACGUCUGAAAGGUGAUUGAUUGUUUUAUUGAUGAGUGAGUGAUUUCUGACAUUGCUGUGUCUGAUCAAUAACAGUAUUGAUCGUCUACUGAAGCAGGUGGAUGUGUGUCAGUAUUUCAGAUGGAUGAUCAUAAAUGCAAAUUAAAUCUGCAAAAUAAAGAACGUUUGAAUGAACCAAACUGAA